CUGGAUAGCAGUUCUCCCUUGCGUACGUAUAGGACAUAUAUCAAACGAGGGACCAAGAGUGGACUGUUCAACCCUAGUAAACAUGCGCGGCUACGGAUUGCUCUCGGUGCUACCCUUGGUUGCAGCCAGCUGGGCCCUUCCAGGAAGAACCCCGGCGUCUGUCGGCAGACGGCAGCUACCCAAAAACCCCACCGGGGUCAAAACCCUUACAACCGCAAACAAUGUCACCAUCCGGUACAAGGAACCCGGUAAAGAGGGCGUCUGCGAGACUACCCCGGGGGUCAAAUCCUACUCUGGAUAUGUCGACACCUCUCCCGAGUCCCAUACCUUCUUCUGGUUCUUCGAAGCUAGACAUAAUCCAGAGACUGCACCUAUCACAUUGUGGCUGAACGGUGGCCCUGGGAGCGAUUCUUUGAUCGGUCUCUUUGAAGAGUUGGGCCCUUGCCAAAUCAAUUCAACUUUUGAUGAUUACAUCAAUCCUUACUCGUGGAACGAGGUCUCCAAUUUACUAUUCCUGUCCCAGCCAUUGGGAGUUGAUACUACUAAUCUUGCCGCAGAGGCCGCGUGGGAAAUCCUUCAAGGAUUUCUUGGUGGACUGCCGAAAUUGGACUCUAGAAUAAAAUCUAAGGACUUCAGUCUAUGGACGGAGAGUUACGGAGGGCACUAUGGUCCUGCAUUCUUCAAUCAUUUCUAUGAGCAGAAUGAGAGAAUUGCCAACGGUACUAUUGAUGGUGUCCAGCUUAACUUCAACUCUCUAGGAAUUAUCAACGGCAUCAUCGACGAGGCAAUCCAGGCGCCUUACUACCCCGAAUUCGCUGUGAACAAUACCUAUGGUAUCAAGGCUGUCAACGAGACCGUCUACAAUUACAUGAAGUUUGCCAACCAAAUGCCAAACGGUUGCCAAGAUAUGAUUUCCGCUUGCAAACAAACAAACCGCACCGCAUUAGCUGACUACGCCCUCUGCGCCGAAGCUACCAACAUGUGCAGAGACAAUGUUGAAGGGCCAUACUACGCCUUUGGUGGUCGUGGUGUGUAUGAUAUUCGGCAUCCAUACGAUGACCCAACCCCGCCAAGUUAUUACAACGAUUUCCUGGCAAAGGAUUCUGUCAUGGACGCCAUUGGCGUCAACAUCAACUACACCCAGUCCAACAAUGAUGUCUACUACGCCUUCCAGCAGAAGGGCGACUUCGUCUGGCCCAACUUCAUCGAAGACCUCGAGGAGAUCCUCGCUCUCCCCGUGCGUGUCUCCCUCAUCUAUGGCGACGCCGAUUACAUCUGCAACUGGUUUGGCGGCGAGGCCGUUUCCCUCGCCGCGAACUACUCCCACGCCGCCCAGUUCCGAAGCGCAGGGUACACGCCCCUGAAAGUCAACGGCGUAGAGUAUGGGGAAACCCGCGAGUAUGGUAAUUUCUCCUUCACCCGUGUCUAUGAGGCAGGCCAUGAAGUCCCCUACUACCAGCCCAUCGCCUCCCUGCAAUUGUUUAACCGGACGCUCUUUGGUUGGGAUAUCGCAGAGGGCCAGAAAAAGGUCUGGCCCAGCUACAAGACGAACGGAACGGCCACGGCCACACAUACGCAGUCGUCUGUGUCGCUGCCUACGGCUACCGGCAUGUCCAGUGCUGGCGUCAUAGGAAUCCACUGA